AGCUUCAGUGCCCUCGCCUUCUCUCUGUGUCUCUGUGUGCAGAAGGGAAUUUCACACCGAGCAGAGGCAACAUGAGAAAACCACCCCAGGAGAGCUCCGAGGGACUAUUCAACAUCCAAGAUGCACAGACGUCUAAAGCCCAGAAGGAACUUGGCAAAAGGCAGAAGAUCUGUGGGGUGCUGCUCGGUAUCCUGGUGCUCUCUCUCAUCCUGACAUUUCUCGGCAUCCAGUAUUUUUGGAACCCACCGCCUAACAAAAUUUACGGCAUGGAGCACACCUUUGUCAGCCAAGGGGAGAUGCAAAAGAUAUUAAUGAAGAUUGACCCCGUCAGCAGGACAGAGAUCUUUCGGACUGGAAAGGACAGGGAAGAAGUUCUGGAAAUACAUGACUUCAAAAACGGAAUAACUGGUAUAUUUUUUGUGGGGGAUCCAAAAUGCUUCAUCCGAAGGCAAAUGAAAGGGAUACCAGAAACGUCCAACGUGGAAGCAGAGGAGCCGGAGAGUGAGGAAGUGACCACCUAUUUGGAGCAAUCCGUGGUCUGGGUUCCAGGGGAGAAGCCUGUUGAAAGCAAAGACUUCCUGGAGAACUCCAAGAUUUUCGACCUCUGCAAAAAUGUGACCACAUACUGGAUCCACCCAACCUUGCUAACAGAACCAGAGCCCCUCAACUUUGACAAUGAAGGCUACGCAGACGAUGGGUUUCCUCCAAGCAGGCCAAGAGAGGAGGAGAUGAAAGAGAACCAUUGGGCCAAGCAAGCGAGACCGAGCCCCAGACGUCACGCCCGCCAACUCACUGAACAGGACUUACCUGUGAACGACUACACAGAAAACGGGCUCGAGUUCCACCCCAUGUGGGAUGAAAGAGGAUACUGCUGUGCCCGCUGCCGCCGUGCCCAUCGAUACUGCCGGAGGGUGUGUGAGCCUCUGCUGGGAUAUUACCCGUACCCCUACUGUUAUCAAGGAGGGAGAGUGAUUUGCCGCGUCAUUAUGCCCUGCAACUGGUGGAUUGCGCGGAUGUUGGGGCGAGUGUAAACACACAGGGCAAGAAACUCCGGCACAAAAACACACCACAGUACAGGAGACACACUUAGGCCAGCCCAGUAGGCAUACGUGUGCUACUAAUAUUCUAGCUCCCAUUCCCGUGACUGGACAGAAGCCACACUGAAAUGAACAAGGGUGGUACUAGAAGCCUUCCUAGUGCCUGUCAACAGGCCCCCACCAAAAGGGGCAGGAGCCCUGCUAGAGCCUCCCCCCACCCCAAUUGCCUUCUCAUGCCCACAGCAGGAGCAGCUUGGGUGAGUAGCUGUACGCUGAAGGAAAAGAACUCAAAACAGUCCAAAGAAACCUAAUUAUUGAAGGGCUCCAGAAAGCGUUCGAUUCCUAGCAUCCCUCAUCCCCAGGCAAUAAUUAUUCCAAGUCUCCUUCAUGGAAAAAGUAUCGGCUAGAGUAGGCAUGUGAAAUGACUGUAGCCCUGCAUGAAGAUAUUUUUCUUUUGGACCCCCCGGAGGGGA